UCUCCUUUACAGACCAACAACCACAGACAAAUGGCCUCCAGCAACAGUCUUCUAUCUGAGGACCAGCUUCUUUGUCCCAUCUGCCUGGAUGUGUUCACUCGGCCAGUUUCCACACCAUGCGGACACAACUUCUGCAUGUCCUGUAUCACGUGCUACUGGAACGGCAUCCCAGUCAGCCAGUGUCCGGUCUGUAAGCAGAGUUUUGAAAGGAGGCCGGACCUUAAGGUCAACACUUUCAUCUCAGAGCUCGCAUCGCAGUUCGUGUCGCUUCAAGUGACCGACGCUCACAUCCAGAGCCCGGACCAACAGCAGGCUCCUUGUGAUGGAGCGGUGCUGUGUGACAUCUGUGCUGACGCCCAGCGAGAGGCUGUCAGAUCCUGUCUGGAGUGUGUGACCUCUUACUGCGACGUCCAUCUAGAGCCUCAUCACAGAGCUGCGGGCCUGAAGAGACACACACUGGUUGAGCCCGUGGCGAGCCUGGAGGACAAGAUCUGCAAGGAGCACCACAGACUCCUGACGUUGUUCUGCAGGAAUGAUGGGGUUUUGCUGUGUGAAGUCUGCGCCGGUUUACACCACGUGAACCAUGACGUCGUUUCUGUGCAGCGUUUGUACGACAACAAGAUGGCUCUGCUGGGGGACACUGAGGCCAAAGUUCAGCAGAUGAUCCAAGAAAGGCUGCAGAAAGUUCUAGAAGUGAUUUUGUCACUGGAACAAAGCAAGACAGAAACUAAAGAUGUGAUAGCGAACAGCGUGAAGGACUUGACGGCACUGGUCUCUGAGAUCCAGAAGAGCCAGACAGAGGUUGUGAAGGUGAUCGAGGAGAAGCAAAAAGCGGCAGAAGACCAAGCAGCUGGGUUCGUUAGCGGUAUUAGGCGAGAGAUCACCGAGCUGCAGAAGACAACGGGGAAGCUGAGGGAGCUGAAACAGAACAAAGACCCGCUUUCUUUCCUUCAAAGCUCCCCAAACCCACCCAUCCUUCCCCACACAAUGGACUUGAACACAAUCAGUUUUAAUAGACAAGUGGAGAUACUCCACAUACAAAGAUCUUUGGGCAAAACAGUUCCUCAACUGCGAAUGUUGCUGAAUAAAAUGAGCACAGAAGUACAAAACGUCUCUGACGUCACAGACGUGUCUAAAGAUGCUACGCUGAGAUGCGUCCAGCAGUAUGAAGUGGACGUGGUGCUCGAUCCCGAUACAGCUCACCCUCGGCUCAUCUUAUCUGAUGACAGGAAACAGGUGAGACUUGGUAUGAGUUCAGGUACGAAAAAAAAACAGAACCUGAAACCAAAAACGUUCGCUUCAAAGCUUGCUGUUCUGGGAAAGAGAGGCUUCUCGUCACGUAGGUUUUACUUCGAGGUGUUCGUGGGAGGAAAGACUGAAUGGAGUCUGGGCGUGGCCAAGGCGUCUGUCCAGAAGAAGGGGCUUGUUCCAAGUCCUCACUGUGGACUGUGGGCCAUCCGGUUCGUAAAGGAUAAGUUCGAAACCUCCACUUCUCCAAACGUGCCGGUAAACUUCGGUAAAGUGGAGCGGGUCGGCGUGUUUGUGGAUUAUGACGGAGGGCAAAUCGCUUUCUACGACGUACAGACCGCAACUCUCAUUUACUCGUUUCCUACGUGUGUCUUUACUGAAGAACUGCAUCCGUACUUUAACCCCUGUAAUAAUGAAUACGGGUCAAACUUGGGUCCUAUGGUGAUCGUUCCUGUAGGUCGUACCAAGUGAAUGGAAGUUUAAGAGAAUCUGUGAUUCGUGACAGUCACUAAAAUGCAGCAGAUGUGUUUGACUGCAAUACAGAUUUUUGUCAAAAAACAGAGCAGAGUAAAUAUUAAAGAAUUAAUGAAUCAAGUGCAGGAGAAGUAAAUGCAUAAAAGGAGAAAUUAGUAGAGAAACUUCUACAAUACAGCUGUGAAGUGUGCAGAUUGUCACUUUGUGAUUAACUGAGGUGGUGGUGUUUAUGUUUGGUGUGGUUGCAGAAAAUACAGAGGAAAAAUUAUGAUUAAUUUAUGGGUAGAAUAUUUUAUCAGAAAUAUAUUUCUGGAGCUUUCUGGUGGAUGAUUAAGCAUCAAAAGUUGUACAAUACAUAAUACAAAUUCACCAACAUGCAUCUUAAUUCAACGCUUUUUCCCCCCUUGUAAAUAUAAAUACACGUGUUGCUGACUUUAAUAAUCAUUUUGUCUCUAAAGUGACAGAAAAUAUUCUUCCGAUCAGCAGUCCAAAAUCUAUGAUAUCAAAUCCUCACAUUUGAGAAGCUGGAACAAGCAAAUGUUUGACAUUUUAGCUUGAAAUUAUUUUUUUUAACUUUUUAUUUCAGCUUUUGCAUUCAGUCACUGAUGACGAAGGUGACGUUAACUCGAGUUCCAGUGUUUGGAAGUGGGCCAUGUUAUAGCUCAUCACAGGACAUUAUGUCAUGUCACAGCUGAAAAUACUGAAAAUGAGCGAUGACUGAAUUCUAUUCAGCUGCCUCAGUUUAAGGAUCUGGUGUUAUUGAUGCGGGCUCACUGGCAUGACUUACUGGGACAAAAACCCUCGUGCUCUGUGAGUUUUUAUGCUGAUUUUGUUUUUAUGAUAACAUGAAAUAUAUGUCUUGUCACUGUUGUUAAAUGAUGUUAAAGCUGCAUUCCAUCUGUAAUGGCAAUAACACUUAAAUAAUAAAGUAAAAAUGCAUUCUGAGGCAAAGAAUGA